CCCCUCCUCGGCCCUCACUUCUUUUCGGCAACUUGCCUGCGUCAGAGUCGAAGUCUCUCUUGGAUAUUUCACCUUGUUUAGGUUGGCUAGAGUACAAAUUACAAACCUGGGAGCUUUAGUCUUUGCGAUACUCUGCCGAUUGCCUUCCGCAAAAAAAAGUCAAUUCUGGAAUCCCAGGAGAUGCGCAGCGAAGUCUUCCACCUGCACCCCGCCGGGUGGGAGCAGGACCCCGAGGAUGAAUACUUCAAGCUCUCGACGCUGGACUAUUGCGUGGCCAUGGUGUACAACGGCUUCGGUCUCUUCUUCAAGCUGACCGACGCGGAGAAGCCCAGGACGAUCCCCGUGCUCAAGCGCGGGCUCGAGAUCACGCUGAGCCAGUGCCGGCAGCUGUGCGGCUUCAUCGAGCCGCACCCGGACGGCGGAGGAGGGCUGUGCUUCCACAAGAAGCGGGACAGCACCGUCGAGUUCCAUGUGCAGUGGCUCGACGGGCCCGAGGACGAGGGGAAGUACCCGUCGUUCGACGACCUCGAGAAGCGCCAUUUCACGUCGCAGGCACUGGGCAGCAUCGACACGUGGUCGGUGGCGCCCAUGACGUACGGCGAGAAGCCCGAGGCGCAUCCGUCGAGCCGGCCCAAGGUGGCCGCCUUCAAGGCGACCUUCAUCCGCGGCGGGAUGGUGUUUGUGAUGCACCACCACCACUACGCGAACGACGUGAUGGGCUGGGCGGGAGAGCUGCACCAGCUGGCCGAGAACUGCGCGGCCCUCUGGAAGUCGCCCGAGAGCCCGGACCUGCCGGCCUGGGACCCGGCGUGCCUGGACCUGUCGCGGGUGACGGUGCCGGACCCGCCCGAGGACCAGCGCGUCGACGGCCCGCCCGCGCCGCUGCGCCAUCCCGACCACAGACCCAACCAGUGGCUGCUGUUCCACAUGCGCAAGAGCAAGGCCGCGGCGCUGAAGGCGCUGGCCAGCCCCGCAGACGGGAGCUACUGGAUCUCGACGUACGAUGCGUGCAUGGCCCUGAUCUGGCGCACGACCACCAAGCACCGCGCGAGGCUGUUCAAGUAUGAUCCGAAGCAGCCGCUGCUCUGGGGCGAGGCGGUGGACAUGCGGAAGCGCUUCCGCGACCCGCCCGUGCCGCCUCGCAUCCAGGGGAACGUGGUGAUGGUGGCGCUGGGCCCACAGACUCCGUCGUUGCCGCAGCUGACGGCGGAGGAGGUCAUCUCGGAGGCGCCGCUGGCUAAGCUGGCUUGGUACAUCCGCCAACUCACCAACACCGCCACGCAAGAAACCAUGGCCGCCACACUCCACGCCAUCGCGCCGGUCCGGAACAAGACCGACCUCUUCCUGCGCAUCGACUCGUUCCCGCCCCUGAGCAGCUUCACGACCGACUGGCGGGACGCGCGGCCGUGCGACGCCGACUUUGGCUUUGCCAAGCCGUACGGCUUCCGCUUUCCCUUCGACACGGUCACACCUGGCCUGACCGUCGUGUACCCGGCGCGCACGACCGGGGCGCCCGCGGGGGAGGACGAGGGCAACGAGUUCCUCGUGGGGUUUGAGAAGGAGCUGGUUGCAGGGUUGUUGGCGGAUGAGGAGUGGGGGAGGUGGUUUGAGUUUAGGGGGGUGGAUUCUGAGGAUAAAGCGCCGUGAGGGUGUCGGGUGCAGAUGAGCUUGGGGGGGAAAGGAGGAGUAAAGUAAAGCGGAGAGUUGUAGAAUU